UUUACUUUUAUAAAAGCCGCCUACAGAGACCAAACAAUUACCAGUUUUCGUAAAGUGUUCAUCUAGAGAAGAAAUAUAACAUUUGAAUUAAAAAAAACAUCACAAUGAGUUCAGCCGAAUACUACCCAUUCAAGUGCACCCCAACUGUAUACCCAGCUGAUCCAUUCGAUCCAAUUGAAGAUGCUGCCACCCUCCGUAAAGCAAUGAAGGGUUUCGGCACCGAUGAGAAAGCUGUUAUUGAAGUUUUGGCCCGUCGUGGCAUUGUCCAACGUUUAGAAAUUGCCGAAUCCUUCAAGACCUCCUAUGGUAAGGAUUUGAUUUCGGACCUUAAAUCUGAACUGGGUGGCAAAUUCGAAGAUGUUAUUAUUGCCCUUAUGACUCCCCUGCCACAAUUCUAUGCCCAAGAAUUGCACGAUGCUGUCGCUGGUAUUGGUACUGACGAGGAAGCAAUUAUUGAAAUUCUCUGCACCUUGUCCAACUAUGGUAUCAAGACAAUCAGUCAAUUCUAUGAACAGAGCUUUGGCAAAUCUCUAGAAUCAGACCUUAAAGGUGACACAAGUGGACAUUUUAAGCGUUUGUGUGUCUCCUUGGUGCAGGGUAAUCGUGAUGAAAAUCAGGGAGUUGAUGAAGCAGCAGCUGUAGCUGAUGCUACCGCUUUAUUCGAAGCUGGUGAAGGCCAAUGGGGUACUGAUGAAUCUGUUUUCAAUUCCAUCCUGAUCACAAGAUCAUACCAACAACUUAGACAGAUUUUCCUCGAAUACGAAAACAUUGCUGGUCAUGAAAUCGAGAAAGCUAUUAAGCGUGAAUUCAGCGGACCAAUUGAGAAGGGAUUUUUGGCAAUUGUCAAGUGCUGCAAAUCAAAAGUAGACUAUUUCGCUGAGCGACUUUAUGAUUCAAUGCACGGCAUUGGAACCAAAGACAAAACUCUCAUUCGUAUUAUUGUCAGCCGAUCUGAAAUCGAUUUGGGUGAUAUUAAAGAAGCAUUCCAAAAUAAAUACGGAAAGAGUUUGGAAUCGUGGAUUAAGGAGGAUUACGAAAGUGUAAAUGGAUAUGCUCUUGCCACUGUCGUGGCCUGGUAGAAAGGAAACUGUUAUCGAAUUCCACAACAUUUCUACUUAAAUUACUCAGCUCUAACGCUUCAAAAUGUAUUACUUAUACACAUUAAUUCCAAACAAAAGCUUUUUUAUUUAAAUUUUAAUCUAACAAAAAAAAUAUGUGUUUAUUGUUUUAAACAUGUUACAUUAUACAUUUAUAUACAUAUACAAUUAUACUUAUGUUUUAUUCAAACCGAGAAAUACAUUUAUACAAGGUUUGAAUCCAAUUUAUAAAUAAAAAUAUUUAUUUUAAACAAAUUUUCAACAUAGUGUUUGUAUGCAACCAAAUAUUUGUAUUUAUUUUUUUUUUUUUUUCAAUUCACAAAUUCAUAAAUGUUUUCACAAGUUCAAAUUAUUUUUCAUGCUCAUGUCUCAUUUUUUGUAGGAAAAACAAAUUGAAUUAAAAAUAUACAUAAAGCUUCAGAAAUUUGUAUAUUAGUUUUCCUUCAUUUAUCAACCAAAUAUUACAAGUUGUGAAUAAAAAAGUACAAACACAUUUCGAGUUUGCAAGGUUCAAAAGUUUGUAUUAUGCAAAAAUUUUGGCGAUAGUGAAAGAUUGAAUUGAAUGAUUAAAGUAAACUCAUGUUCAGAGUUGUAAUCAAGAAGAUUACAAUUCAGACGGCUUUCGAAUCAUGGAUUCAUUGAAUUAAGAAAGCAUUUUUACCAUAAAUUAAGAGACAAACUCUGAGUUAAAAUAAUUCAGAAAAAUUCUUACUUCGUAAAAUUCACCAUGCAGUUCCAAAUUAACAAAUAUUUUAUUUCCGCUUUAAUUUUAAAGCAUAACGCUCAUUCGUAUGUUCAUCUGUCUUUGUAAAUAUUACCAAAAUAUAUUGUAUAUUUUCUAAAUACAAAACUUAAGUUGUUAUGUAAUGUAAAAUAUUUUUACAGGAUGAUUGUGAAACCGACAUUGGAUACUUGCUUGCCACUGUUGUGGCUUGGUAGAAAACAA